AUGCCACCUGAUAUUAAUUCGCUUCCACCAUCUCGCUCCUCCUCCUCGUCUUCGUCCCUGCCUCAUCGUAACCUCCCGGCCCUCUCCCCAGGGACCGCCCCCGCACCCGGCAAUCCUUCCACCUCCCAUCGACGUUCUCGCGUAUCUAGCACCGGCCAAGGAUCAGUAUCUGAACGGCGUCGCUCCAUUACUAGCAUGAAUCUCAACCAAAACGAGGCAGCUGGUAGCGGCGCGGGAAACCAAGGCGAGAGUCCCUGGUCUGAUCAUCGCUCUUCCAUCGGCCAAGCAUAUCGCACGGCCAGUCCCACCAGCCACGCCAGCAGCCCGAUCUUUGCGACCGCAGACCCGCAUCACCAACGGGCGCCCUCCUUGGGGGAAAUUCAUCAAGAGUUGGAGCAGGAGCAGGAAGCACAAGUGAAUCGCCUGUUGCAGAUGAUUCGCAGUCAACAGGCCCAAUUGAACCAGCUUCAACAGAACCAGCAACAGUCGGCUACAAACACAGCCGUAGUCGACGACAAUGCUCCUGCCGAACGGUCGCCAUCAUUUUCCCUUCCAAUGCCUCCACCUGUACCCCACGGCAGCCGACUGUCAAUUUCAUCUCUUUCCAAUCGCCGAUCCUCGCGUCCUUCCAGCCAGGCUGCAUCGCCGAACCUGCGGCCGCAGGAUGCAUCUCGCCAGUCGGAAGGCACUGAGUCGUUCCCCGUACUACGCGAUAGUACGUCGCGUCGAGGUAGUCGCGACGAAGGCGCCUACUACCAGGCCGAGGCAGCCAUGUUAAGCCGAGAGAAUCAGAUGUUGCGUCAGCGCGUACGAGAACUAGAACGCCAGAUUGCUGAUCUGACCACCUCUCCACGCCCCGCUCCUUCUCCCCCAGUGGCUGCAUCUAGCCAUGCACGAGAAGGGGCCGAAACGGUAGAUCCACAGCCACUUCGAUCGGCAGACGGAAAGGACUGA